UAUAAAACAAUAAAUAAUUAAUUAAAUCGACUAAAUUCUCGUUGCCUCGUGUGGUCGGGCACGCAACCCAAACCAAAACGGACCUCAAAAUCCAGCAUGUAGCGGACACGGCGGCUAUAUGCCCCUCCUCCGCCCUUCUUUCUUUCCUCUUUUCGCAGCCAAAAACAAACGUUCUUUUCUUUUUUACCCCCAAAAAAUUAGAAAAAGAAAAAAAAAAACCAUGUUUUUCUUCACCAAUAAUUCUAAAAAUAAAAUAAAAUUCAAUUUCCUUUCUUCCUUCGAUUUCCGAUUUCCGAUUUCUUAAAGGGUGAGAAUUUAAAAAUUUUUUAAUUUAAUCUGAUUUGAUUUGUCUAGGGUUUGAAUUCGAGGGGCUUAGGUGGAAAUUUGAGAUUGUUUUAGGGUUGGUGAUAUUGAGAUAGAGGUAUCGGGUUCGAGCAACGAAUCAUUGGCGAUGGAAGUGGUGGAGAUGAAGGGAAAAGUUGUGGAAGAGAAAGAUCAGGUUCGGGUCAAGAGGAAGACUUUGCAAGCUGUGCUGGAACAGUGCCAGAGGGCUCUCGAAUUGCUUAGUAACAGCGAAGGUGGAAUCGACGACGACGAUGAUGACGAUGAAGAUGACGAUGAUAAAGAUGAUGUGGAUCAUCAAGGGGAAGUCAGGGGCGUCGGUCUUCGAAGAGAUCAAGAAGCCGACGAGUUGUGUGAUCUUCUAAAAUCUAGAGUUCAAUGCUCUGACUUCCUUGAGAAGCUAGAGUGUGCUCACGUGCCAGUUCCAGAAGACAUUGCUGAAGACGGCAGUUCAUGGGACAUGGUCAAUGCAAAUGAUCUCUGGGAAGAUGAAGAUGCUGAUUUGGAUCAAGAAGAUUAUGUUCUUGUCAGGCAGGAGGAUAUAGUAGAAGGCAUUGCAUGUUUUAUGGCUGCGUAUUUGCUGUCCCUUAAACAGACUAAGGAUCUGACCCCCAAUCAGCUUCAGGAAGCACUGAGCAAGACCUUCUCUGCAAAAAAGAAAAAGGGAAAGCUUCGAAAAGCAUGGGAUGGAAGCAAAGUCAUUUAUAAUGUGGCAUCUUGGGGGGCAACUGCAAUUGGGAUAUACCAAAACCCUUUACUUCUCAGAGCCGCCUCGAAAGCCUUCUGGACUUCUUGUCAUGUAAUAUCAAAGCUUCUCUGAUUUCCUAGCACUGUUUGGAGGAACAAAGUGUAAUAUUGGAAUUCACUGUUGUAUCUAUGCUUUCUUGCUGUCGAAUGCAGAAUGCAGCUCGGUGAUUCGCUGGUUGUGUAACACGAACACCAUUCUUUUUCGUGCUACAGGUCCAUCAUUGAUCUAUCAUUAUUCUAAAUUUAAUCUGUGUAAAUAUAUUUCACCUGGAAGAAGCACUUCUGAUUGCAAUUCAAAUUCGUUGGCAUUGUGUGAUGGCUGCUCGCUCAGCCUUUUUAAUCUCCUGACUUCUGCAGUUUGUGACCAGCAUAUGCAAAUUUUAGGCAUUGACGAAUUCUGUUCCUAUUGU